GUUUCCCAUUUGACUUCAAUCGGAUGUGUAUAUCUCCUAACUUUCUACUGAACAGAGGUUUAGACAGGGACAAUAUUGUCACUGAUGCCAUAAGUACUCUGAAGGAUAUCAGUGGUUUGUACUUUAUCAGAAAUGGAAGAGAGGUAUCUGCUGAAUAUAUCUACAAUACAGGAUUGGAAAGAAAUUUUAACAACAGAUUAUCCUGAGUACAAUGAGCCCCUGCAGUUUUUGUGUAACAUAAGUGAUGUUGGCAUAAUUGCUCCAAGUGUCCUCUCAGCACUCUUCUAUCUUUGGUUUACUUUGUGCAUAAUUGGAAAUGGUUUUGUUUUGUUUAUUUUGUUAAAGUGUGAGACUUUAAAAACUGUAACUAACAUAUGUGUCUUAAACCUGGCUUUUUCUGAUACUAUUUUUGCCCUUUCUCUUCCUUUUCUGGCAGUAUAUCAUUCCUCAGAAUGGAUAUUUGGCAAUGCUAUGUGCAAAAUUGUGAAUGGGGUUUAUUUUAUUGGCUUUUACAGCAGUAUUAUGCUACUGACAAUUCUGACACUCGAUCGAUAUCUGGCACUUGUUCACCCACAUUUGGCUUUGAAGAUAAGAACGAGUGGGCAUGCAUCCAUGGUAGUUGGGACAGUGUGGAUAAUCAGCAUUUUGGUUUCUAUACCUGCAUUUCUGUUUCAUGAGACCUGUGACGUUAAAGGCCAAGGGAUUCUUUGUGAAUACCCUCAGCACCCAGAUACAAGAAUUAGAGUCUGGAAGUUGGUAUCUAGCUUUCUGCAACUUGGCCUCUUCUGUCUGUUUCCAUUGAUUGUCAAUGUCUUUUGCUAUGUAAGAAUAAUAAAAGUGUUAUUGUAUUGUAAGGGUAAAAGAAAACACAGGGCUGUUAAAGUAAUACUGUGCAUUGUGUUUGUAUUUUUUCUUAGCUGGACACCAUACAACAUUAUGGUUCUGCUCAAGACCUUCGAAGAACUUAAUGUAGCUUACUUUAUAGAAUGUGAAAUACGUCAUAAAGUUGAUUAUGCUCUGAAUGUUUGUCAUAAUAUAACUUAUUUUCACUGCUGUAUCAAUCCUGUUUUUUAUGCCUUUAUUGGGGCAAGGUUCAGAAGCCACUUGAUAUCUUUGUUUUCUACUGGUAAGGUUAAACGGAGUAGCUGUAUCAGACAGUCUGUCCUGAGCAGUGGCAAUGCUACUGCAGAAUUAUCUCCAUCAUCCUCUUUCAUUCACCCCCAUUCAAUUGCACUCCAUGAACGCAACUAAGAUAUGAUUUGGAUCUUUUCAGACUCAUACAUACUCAAAAAAUAAAUGUGUCUGUAUAAUAAAUGGGAUGAUAACAUGUAGGUGACUGCAGUUAAAGUAACCACUGCAUCUCCUGAAAGAACACCAGGUAAAUAGUCUAAUCUAGAACCAGUGAAUGAAUAAUUACCAUAAUUACCACUUAACACAAUGAAAUGUACAUAUAUUCAGUUUUUUCUUGUUUAAGAAAGUGGGCAGUUAUACACCUACAUGU